UCAAAAUCAAUACUUUAAUGCUUUAAUAUAUGCGUUCGUCAUUCUCUCUCCAAAUCUUCCCCAAUCAUUUUCUACUCCAAAUCCCAACGCAAACCUCACACACUUGUAGCAUCGACCUCAUUCUCAUCUCCCUCCCAUGGCCGCCAACAGGACCAAACCCCGCGGCCCGAACAUCCCUUCAAAGCCCGAACUCGAAAAAACAAUCGAGGAGACCUAUCAGAAGCGCACGCAGCACCACCACAUCCUCCUCCGGCCCGACACCUACAUCGGGUCCGUCGUCAAGAGCAAGCAGAGCCUCUGGGUUCUCGAGGGGGGAAAAAUGGUAAAUCGGGACAUUGCAUACGUGCCCGGCCUCUACAAAAUCUUCGACGAGAUCUUGGUCAAUGCCGCCGACAACCGCCAGCGGGACCCGUCCAUGGACCGGCUGGAGGUAGAAAUUGACGCCGGAGCAAAUUUCAUCAGCGUGUUCAACAACGGCGAGGGGAUUCCGGUGGCCGUCCACGGGUCGGAGAAAGUUUAUGUGGCCGAGAUGAUUUUCGGGCAGCUAUUGACGAGCAGCAAUUACGAUGACAGCUGUAAGAAGACGACCGGAGGGAGGAAUGGGUUCGGGGCCAAGCUGACGAAUAUUUUCUCCACCGAAUUUGUCGUCGAGACGGCUGAUGCGAAGAGGAGGAAGAUGUAUAAGCAGGUGUUUUCAGAUAACAUGAACAAGGUUUCCCCACCAGUGAUUACAAAUUACAAUGGGGAGAGUUGGACGAGAAUCUCAUUCAAGCCCGACUUGGCCAAAUUUCAGAUGGACCAUCUCGAAGCUGAUGUGGUGGCAUUGAUGAAAAGGCGAGUAGUUGAUGUGGCUGGAUGUAUAGGGGAGACUGUAAAUGUGGUGUUGAACGGAGAACAAGUUCCUGUGUGCUCGUUUGCCGAUUAUGUCGAUUUAUACCUUGAGGCCCGGUUUGGUGACAAGAAAGAUUCCAUCCCGAGGUUUGUGGAAAGAUUUAACGAUAGGUGGGAAAUAUGUGUGUGCGUACGAGACAGCCAUUUUGAGCAGGUCAGCUUUGUGAAUGCAAUUGCUACUAUGAAGGGAGGGACUCAUGUGGAUUACGUGAUCGAUCAGCUCAUAGAUUAUGUAUACGAAAAAAUUGACCAGACAAGUCCAAACAUCUUCUUGCGGCCGCAUCUCAUUAAGAUUUGUAAAGCUGGAGUGGUGGAGAAUAUUAUGUCGUGGGUUAAAUAUAAGCAGAAGAGAGAAGAAAAGAGGGCCGAGAAGGAGAAAAGGCAAAGGAUAACUGGAAUUAGCAAGCUUGAGGAUGCUAAUGAAGCUGGCAGCGAACGUGCGAAAGAGUGCACUUUGAUCUUGACUGAAGGAGAUUCUGCAAAAGCUCUUGCUAUGGCUGGGAUAUCUGCCGUUGGCAGAGACUGUUAUGGGGUCUUUCCCCUGAAAGGUAAACCGCUUAACGUACGAGAGGCUAAUCACUUCCAGAUAAAUGCUAAUGAAGAAAUCCAGAAUAUCAUGAAGAUCCUUCACUUGGAGUACAACAAGCAGUAUAACUCAGUUGAGGAUUUGAGAUAUGGACAUGUGAUGAUUAUGACUGAUCAGGCAACAAGAGGUGGACAAAUUUUGUCUUUCUACUCCAUUCCCGAAUACGAGUCCUGGAAGCAAGGGUUAGGGGGGAACACUAGUGGCUGGUCUAUCAAGUACUAUAAGGGACUCGGAACUAGCACUUCUAAGGAGGGGAAAGAAUAUUUUCAAGCUCUUGAAAAGCACAAAAAAGAUUUUCUAUGGUUGGAUGAGAAGGACAAUGAUGCAAUUGAGCUAGCAUUCAGUAAGGACAAGAUACAAGCAAGGAAAAAAUGGCUCCAAAAAUACGAGCCUAGCACAUUUCUUGAUCAGAAAGAAAAGCAUGUAAAGUACAGUGACUUUGUCAACAAGGAGCUCAUUCAAUUCUCAGCUGCCGAUCUCAAGAGAUCGAUCCCUUGUAUGGUUGACGGCUUAAAACCGGGCCAAAGGAAGAUUCUCUUUAGCUGUUUCAAGAGAAACUUUAUCCAGGAGGCUAAGGUUGCUCAGUUUUCCGGUUACGUGUCCGAACAUACAGUCUAUCAUCAUGGAGAAGCAAGCCUGGCCAACACCAUUGUGGGGAUGGCACAAGAUUAUGUGGGAAGCAACAAUAUUAACUUACUUCAGCCCAAUGGUCAAUUUGGGACUCGCCAUCAGGGAGGAAAAGAUCAUGCCAGUGCAAGAUAUAUCUUCACGUGUUUGUCCCCCAUCACGCGUUUUCUUUUCCAUAUAAACGAUGAUGCUCUCCUUCACUACCUUAGUGAAGACGGACAGUCUGUGGAGCCAGCUUGGUACAUGCCCAUAAUUCCUAUGGUCCUAGUCAACGGGAGUGAAGGAAUCGGAACAGGAUGGAGUACGUAUGUCCCGAACUAUAAUCCAAGGGACAUCAUUGCAAAUGUGAGGCGCUUUCUAAAUGACGAGCCUAUGGAACCCAUGGUGCCGUGGUAUAAAGGAUUCAAGGGCACGAUCGAGAGAACAAAAGCAAAGGGAACUGGAGAAAGUUAUGCCGUAAAAGGAAUUAUCCAAGAAGUGAAUAAAACAACGGUCAGGAUCACAGAGCUUCCCGUUCGUAAGUCCACCGAGGACUACAAGCAGUUUCUAGACACGCUCUUAUCGAAAGGCGGUAGGAACAAAGAGCAAUUCAUCAAGGACUUCAGGGAAUUCAACGAUGAUAAAACCGUGCAUUUUGAGAUAUAUAUGACCGAAAAGAACCUGGCAAUUGCGAAAGAUGAAGGCUUGAUAGAAAAGUUUAAGCUCAGCAGUACCAUCAGCACCAGCAACAUGCAUCUGUUUAACUCGAAUGGAACACUUGUGAAAUAUUCUUCUCCUGAGAAAAUUAUUGAUGAAUUCUGCGGCUUGAGACGUGAAUUUUAUGAGAAGAGGAAAGGAUUCAUGCUGAGCAUGCUAGAAAGAGAGCUUCUGAAGCUGGAAAACAAGGUCCGGUUCGUAAAUGAAGUUGUUGAGGGAAAAAUCAUUAUAAUGAACCGAAGGCGAAAAGAUUUGCUGGCUGAGUUGAAGCAGAAAAAUUUUGCCCCAUUCCCUAGUAAUAAUAAUACAAGAGGGUCUUCUAAUCCAACAGAGAACGAGUACGGAUAUCUAUUGUCAAUGCCAAUUGGCACAUUAACGAGCGAGAAUGUUCUAGAACUGUGUGCUCAGGCGAAAAGGUUCAAAGAUGAGGUUGACGGACUAAGGCAUGCGACUCCAAAGUCUUUGUGGUUGAAGGAUUUGGAUGCACUCGAACAGAAACUCAAUCUGCAAUCGAAUAUUUAUGAUCGUCCAGAGAACACGAGAUCUGAGGUUAGUGCUGAGAUUUCCAAAAGGCCUAAGAGGACUAUGAAGAAGAAAAAGAAAGAAAGUUCAGAACAGCAUGCCAAUGAUAAAGAUGCCUUAGCUGAAAUUCAUAUUAUCCCUUCAAACGAUACAGGAAAAACUCCGCAAGCAGUGGAACCACAAUGCAUGCAACGAAAAGAUGAUGUAGCACCUAUGACAGAUCCCCCACUGGUACAUGAGGAUGAGGGCAAAGGGCUUGAGCAAAAUGAAGACCAAGCCAAACAGAAUCUAUCUCCAGAUAAAUCUACAGGAAAAGCUCCCGAGGCCAUGGAUUCGCGGGGCAUACAAGAAGAAAAGGAUGAAGCGCCUAAGCCAAAUCCGCCACCACUUGAUGUAGACGAGACCAGAGGACUCGAGCAGAGAGGGAGAAUAGCUGAUCCAACUUCAUUGCCAGAUAAAUCAAGAGAUAUGAAGCUACCAGAAGGCAGUGAAAGCAAGAAGGACGAUUCAAGUAUUAUAGAAAUUUCUGACACUGACGAAGAGAAGGCUGACACUAGAAUAGUAGCGCUCGACUUUAAAAAGGCUCGAAAACCAUCAGCUCGUAAAACCUCCAAAGAUGAACAAAAUAAGCAGCAUGCAAUGAUUACAAGGAAGAGAAGUAAAACGAACAGGGAAAAUGGAGGCACGCCAUUGGCUAACGACACAAGCAGAGUUGUCUUGAAAGCGAUCGAAAACAAUGCUGUGCUUUCGCCAGAGAAGAAACUGAGAAAAAGGAACGAUCGAACUUUUAGGAAAAAGAAAAGCAGUCAUUUUGAUGCAAAAGAUGGAGAGAACAAGGAAAAUUGUCCGAGCCAAGGCAAUAGAAACUAGGGAAGAACAGUUUUAAUGAAUAGACUUGUUUUUUUUAUUUAUUCUAUUUUUAUAUUAUUUUUAUAUGUGAUUACAUUAUGGUUUUAAUGAAGGUUUUAUUAUUGUACUAAUGUGAC